AUGCCCCACGACGUGUUUUUUGAGACAGGAACUCACCACAUUUUGUGCAAAAUCCCAGGACUCGAUCCACCUGAAUUUCCCUAUCCCCGAGACUUUGAGGACUGCUGGGACAACGACCAUGUCCGUUUGCCGUGCUCGUCUGCUUCAUCUUCAUCCUCCAAUAAGUGGUUAGAGAUCGUCCAAGGGUUGACAGCACCCAUCAAGAACUCACGGCAACUGUCUGAGACAAUAUCUCGAUGGAUUGGAGGGGACGAUUACGAUUGGAACACAAAAGGCCUGGAAGCCUUUCUCAACCAAAAAGCGGAUAAGCCUGUCUCCUCGUCAACACCUCACGCCCGCGAACGGGGUUAUAAUAGCCCAUUGGCAGUAUUGGGCGAUGCUAAGGUGAACCCUGAAGAACAAGAUAUGAAUAUCGACGGGGAAAUUCCCACGGAAGAUGUUCUCGGCUACAGCAACAGAUCGGAGCGGGACAACGCUGAUGCAGGGGAUACCAUGAUAGCUGAGGAAGAUUUCUUCAACAAAGAGGAGCGGGAUCGAUUCUUCACCAUAAUCUUGCCAAAAAUUCAGGCACUCGCGUUACGGUUGCCCGAACUCGUCAAGAAGCCCAUUCCAUUACUGAAGCAACAGGAGGACUCUGCUGUUACUCUCAGUCAGGAGCAGAUCGCAUGUCUAUUGGCGCACGCGUUCUUCAACACGUUUCCCUGCCGAAAUAUGCCUCCUCGGCGCCAUAGCAAUGCGGACACCAAACGGCGACGCGCUUUUGAGCCGUCGGAACCGCAAAAGCGAAAAGGAGGCGACGAUUCUAUGAAAAAGCGCAAGGACGGUGAAGGACGAACUUUGAACGAUGCACCCAAGGAUCCUCAUGGCACACUUUCGAAAACAAAAGGCCAACCCUCAGGAAAUUCAUUACGUAACGCUGAUAGACAGAUGUCGCUCUUUGCUUACUUUGGCAAGAAGGAUCCUGUCCUGGCAUCAUCAUCAGCAUCAGCAGUAGCAUGCUUUAGAGGAGAGAUACCAAAAGCGCGUACCACCACAACUACUGAUGCGGACAAAAUUCGGGAUACCAAGAAGGACCGAUCCAAGGACGAGCAGCCUCGAUACCCAUCGAUCAACUUUUGGACAUUAUUCCGGGCUGAUGGCCGAUAUGCAACGUGCACGCCAACGAAUGCUGCCAAGCUCCGUUGCAUUCUCCACUAUUUUGAUCGCGUCACUACGAGGAUGCCACAAGGAGUCGUUACCUAUCACCGACAAGUUUUACAAUCGCCCAUCACACUGGAGCAGAAUGAGCGGGUCAGCUCGGGUCAGUUUUGUUAUGUCCACAUCCGUGUCGAAAACGAUAGUCCGCUCGAGGAUGAUGCGCCGCAGGGAGCGCUGCAGCUGGAUUUCGCCAACAAAGUCAUUGGUGGAGGAAUCCUUGGUCACGGUGCCGUUCAGGAAGAGAUUCGAUUUGCCAUUUGUCCAGAGCUGAUCCUCUCGCGGCUGUUCAUACAGAGUCUGGAGGAUAAUGAGGCGGUCUUGAUUAAGGGAGCAGAGCGAUACUCAAACUAUAAUGGAUAUGCCAGCACGUUCACAUGGCACUCCGAUUUUGUUGACGAUACUCCCAGAGACGGCCUAGGCCGUCGAAAAACGGAGAUAUGCGCCAUCGAUGCCCUGCCAUUCGGCUCAAAGGAUCAGCGUCUGCGUCAGUUCUCAGAAUGCCAUAUCUUGCGGGAACUGAACAAAGCUAUUGCUGGAUUCAGGAGGUCACCUAUCAUCGCCUCAGAAUGGGGCCUCUGUCGUGCAGAAGGCCCUCCAGACGGUAUUCCGCCGAUCGCCACUGGCAACUGGGGCUGUGGAGCGUUCGGUGGACAUGUGCAGCUCAAAUUCUUGAUCCAGCUGCUGGCUGCCUCGGUGUGCGGAGGGUACUCCAAGGAUGACGAAAACGAUAAUAUGCCAUUGGGGAGGGGCAUUAUUUACUAUACUUACGGUCUCGAGGAACUCGGCAAGGAGAUCGAAACCUUCAUGGGGCAUCUCCUCAGCAGCCGCACGGUUUAUGAACCCUCCUGGAUCUUGGAUUGCAUACUGCAGUACCCAAUUCGGUCGACUCGCAGCGCGAUUGCAGACUUGCCUCAGAAGAGUUUAUUGGAUUAUGUGGGCACCGCACUGGGUUUCCCUCCUUUUCCUUCGCGUAAUCACUCUGAUAUGACUGAAAUGCUAAGUUUCUAA